AUGUCUUUCCUCAGAAAGAACAAGAAGCAGCCUCAGCGACCGCCGAGUAUGCUGGGUGGCAUGGAGGACGAAGAAGAUCCGUUCCACGCGCCCGACGUCCAGAUGGUAUCACAUCCAGUUCAAGCUGUUGGUCCUAGCCACUUUCCGCCAGCUCCGGUUCAACAUGCGCCUGCUGCUGUUCCGGCCCAACGCGCGCCUGCUGCUCCCGCUCCACAUAUGCCUCCUGCUGCUCCUCCGGCAGGCGCUUCAACCACGCCACCCCAGCGCAUAUCGAUUCCGGCAGACGCGGCCUUCGGCUGGAGCAUGCGCAUGCCGGGAAUCACCCGCCAGGCCCACCCCCUAUGGCCCCUGAGCCCGCGCCCGUUCAGCCCGCGCCCGUUCAGCCCGUGCACGGGCCAACGCUCCAGGACGUCCAGAACGCCGUUGGCCAGCACGCGCAGCUGGUGGUGGCCAGAUGAAGGUGAGGAAGAGCCCUACCAUGACACCCUCGCGGCGUACCAUGGAGGCAACGAAAUGGAGGACGAUGGGCAGGAAGUCCAUGCAUAUUAG